CAGGAUGACUUCGCAUAUAGAUAAGUGUAUAUAUGUUUCUCUUGGAUGUGUAAAAUAUUUCGCUUUUUCAUCGUAUUAUUCAUUUUCAUAUUUUGUGUAUAUAUUUUGAACUGGGUGAAUCGGUCACGCAUACUUGAACAUACGAUGGCCACAGGUACUACAGGUAAAACAGGUAGUGUGAGCGAAAACUCACAGCCAGUCGACCGUACAUUGAAACCGCUUUACCUGAAAAACUCAGAUAUUCAAACAUCUGAAGACAAGAGAUUAUCAGAUUAUGAUCUUAUAGAUCCAAUUAUGCGUGUUAUUGGUGAUGACCUACAUUGUCUACAGUUAGACCGCAAUCUGUGGCGCAUUUAUUUGAAAACAUUGGAAAGCCGAAACAAACUGUUAACACAGGGCAUAGAAAUCAACGACAUUUCUGCUUCUUUUUACGACACAAAUCCGUACUCUUCGGGAGCGACAUCAGUGUCUCAGCAAACACUUAAAAUACGCAUAUGUGGUUUACCAUUAUCAGUUGACGAAUCUGCCGUACAUGAAAUGUUAAAUAAACUGAAAGUCAAACUCACAAGCAAAAUACUGUACGAAAAGAUUCGUCACCCAGUUACAAAUAAAAUGACUAGUAUUCUCAAUGGUACACGUUUCAUGUAUAUUGAGCCUCUACCUGCUGGAGAAAGUCUUCCGAAAUUUAAUACAUGUGUAGGUCUUCGUUGUAAAAUAUUGCACUUUGGACAGCCAAAGAACAACCACAUACUUCAAUGCACAAACUGUUGGAAAACAGGUCAUACAAAAUCAAUAUGUAAGAACGAUUCUUGCUGCAAAGUAUGUCAAAAGCCUGGUCAUUUACCGGGACAGAAAGAAUGUCCACACUAUGAAGUCCAGAAGCAUAUCGCUCCAUUCAGCGGAUCACAAGACGUUCUGUCUAAUUUUUACCCGUGCGAAUUGGAUAUCUACGGCGUCAAACAUAAAUCCGCCGAACAUGCGUUUCAAUACACCAAAGCGAUUCGUUGUGGUGAUUUAGAUGCUGCGAGUAAAAUAACAGCUGCGGAAGACGCCCUCUCAGCUAUGCGACUCGGGAAAAAAAUUAAAACGAACGAACAAUGGAACGCCACUAAGGAGGCAGUGAUGCAAGAAAUUAUUGAAAAUAAAAGCGUGCAAGUAAAACUGUUUCAAGAAAAAAUACGAUCAGCUAAACAAUCUACCACGUUCGUGGAAACCACCUACAACGACGAAUGGGGCUCCGGUCUGGAUAGGACAGGGACCAUCAACACAAAACAAGAUAAAUGGCCUGGUAAGAACACCUUGGGAACGAUCAUUAAAAAAGUGGCGAAAAAAGUUCGCAAGAGAAAAUUAAGUGAUAACGCACCGAAAGCACAAAAACAAAACCGCGAACAAGCAAAGCAACGAAACAUCGUUGACAUGUUGAAAACAUUGCUUGCGGCAUCAGACAGUGAUGCAUCUGGCUGCAAUCCCAACUCCGAGAGUUCGGAAUCGGAGGGUGAGACCUAG